AUGGUGAGGCGAUUCCAGAUCCCCAGAACCAUCCUGAUCCGAGCUAGUACACCAAAUGAAAGGGCGUGCUCAGUAUCACGGACGGGCUGGGUGCCAGUGUACGUAGACCAUUUUGAGGCCGGUCUACGUUUUCCUCUGCCCGGGCUAAUUUUUGAUGUCCUGGUAGAGUACGAGCUGGCCCUUUCGCAACUCACUCCCAACAGCAUAAAGUUCAUCAUAGUCUUUAUGCUGUUGUGCGAAAGGCUGGGGAUGCCUGCAAAGGCGGUGGUCUUCAGGUCGCUCUUCCUGUGCCGUUUGUGCCCGUCUACGAGUGGGACGAGGUGGUACUACAUCUCAGGAAGAGAGAAAAUGAUUAUCUUCACCAACAUUAGGAACAAGGUGGCGAGAUGGAAGAGGCAGUUCGUCUUCGUGCGUGAUACACGAACUGAAAGGAUGAAUAAUGAGCUCGCCGCCCGUCUGUUUGAGUGGCGUACGCCGAACACGUACAUGAACUACCCUCAGCUGACAGUUGGUGACGUCGACCUGAAGAACCGGCUACUCGAUCACGUGAAGGCAAGGGGAGAAAUGAGCAGCAUCCUAGAGAGGCAAAGACAGCGAGCUCAAGGCUCACGGAGCCGGGGAGCUAGGUCCGGCUCCCACCGUCAGUCCUGCUUUGACGAGCGGCCACCUGCUGCACCAGGGCGCAGCUCGCAGCACAGAGGUUCCAUCUCGGCACAGAGGCCACGUGUUGAGCAAAGAAUUGAGCCUGCGCCUUCCAGCUCCAGAAGGCGUUCGAGGGAAGACGCGGAUGCCGAUGUAGAGGAUGACGUGCCUCUCAUCCCGCGUAGGACGAGCACCGGUUCGCAGCCCGCCCCGGUCGCUGCUGCAAGACCCUCCAACGUGUCCCAAGCGCCAGCUCGCGAGGUUGCUGAGGCUGCACCGACCUCGACGUCUGUGGGGGGCCCAAGGAUUGCAUACCCGGACGGCUUCAGUUACGCCCGGACUGAGUGUCAGACUGCUAUGCUGCAGGGUAUGCAGAACUUCGUGCCCCCUGCAGACCGGCUGCGUGCAAAGGGGCACGUUCAGCAGCAAGGAGGACAUGCUGUGCUAAUAAAGUUGAUGGAUGUAAGUAUAUUUGGUGAGCUCGGGAGCCAGGCGCAGAACAGCGAGCUGCAACACAACUGCAAACAGUUGGCAUCUGAGAAGGCCAGCUUGGCUGACGAGGUUAACCGCUUGCAGAGCUCGGAGAUGGCCAACCGAGCGGCGUCAGCUGAAAGCCGAGCUGACGAGCUGGCUCGCAAAGUCACUGAGCUUAGGGAGGAGCUGGACCGAGCUCGGGAUGAGAAGGAGAGCGGCAUUCAAGUUGCGAAGGAUGAGGCCGGCCGUGCAGAGGACCGAGCCAGAAAGGCAGAAGCUGAGAGAGAGAGGACUCUGCACGAGCUUAGCGGCCUGAGGGAGAGGGUCUCAGUGGCGGAUCAACAUGUCGCCCAGGCUGAGGCGUCCUUGGAGAGGACUAAAAGACUUCACCAGCGCGACGACGCCGUAGCUAUGGCUGCAGCCAACACCACCACUGACAUCUUCAAUGAAGUUCGUGGGAAGGUGUUGGGAGUCCGGGCAGACUUCCCCAUUGGCGAGCUGGCCUUCUUCGAAGGCGAGGAGAUCGAUGCUGACGGGAAGAGCCUCACCCAGCCAGCUGACACCAGGGUAAAACUGAAGUGGGAGCUCAACGAGGAGGGGCUGCCCGUCUGGCCCCCCUCAGUCGUUGAGGAAGGAGAGGACAUGGAGGGGUUGCCGAGCUUUGAUGCUUGGGUGGCAGACCCCCAUGAUGUGCCUGCUGAGCCUUCCAGCACUCCUCCCUGUGCUUCGCCUCAGCCCGUCUCAGCCGCUGCUCCAGCUCCAGCUGCUCUCUCUCCAGUUCCGUCUCCUAUUCACUCUUCCCCAGAUCGAUCAUCUCCAGCUCGAUCUGCUGCUGCGCCAAAUGACGCAUCCACCCCCGUCGACCUGACGGAUGAGUAGUUUAGGACCUUUUGUUUUGUUUUUUGUAGUUCUUCUUGUCUUUUAUGUUAAUCGAACAUUUGUACAAGAAUACUCAUGAAAUAAAACUCCAAUAUUUGUUUUUGAAAUUGCUGUGUAUUGUUCUUGUAUUUUUGUGUAAAUCAAUGAAGUUAUUUGCA